UUGAGCAACUUCUCCUUUCUGCCCCAAACUCCUUCCCCCACCAUCGUCUACACCGACAACUGCAUCACCGAACUAACCAUCGCCGACAUUUGGACCUCGCCAUCCCGAAUUCCAAACUUCUAUCCGUCGAACUUCUCUGUCCCCGACGACGCUCUCUCCGAUAAAUUCUCAAUCGACUCCUUUACCGUCCUUACGAAGCUCUCGAGCCUACAGAAGUUGUCACUGGUCACCCUCAGGCUAUGGGGCCCGUUGCUGCCCAAGAUCAACUGCUUCAGAUCCCUCGAGCUCCUCAACCUCAGCGCCAACUUCCUGGUCGGAGAAGUUCCCCAGUAG